GCGAGGGCGCGGGGGCGCGGGGGGGGGGUCGCCCGGGAGCGAGAGCCGCGGCCCGCGCCGCCGCAGAGCCGAGCGAAUCUCGAGCCGGGGCAGCAGAAUUCACACUUAGAAAUGCUGACAUCAGGCAUCAAGAGAGCUGGGCCCCACUAGACACCAAGAAAACCCGUGGCUCUGGUUGCAUCUUUCAACAUGACCAACCCACAGUCUGCCUGGCUGAAGCCGUGCUGCGGGAAGAGAGCAGCUGUGUGGCAGGUAUUUUUGCUCAGUGCAAGUCUCAACAGUUUCCUGGUAGCCUGUGUAAUAUUGGUGGUGAUUCUCCUGACUCUGGAACUUCUAAUAGAUAUAAAGCUUCUCCAGUUUCCCAGUGCAUUCCAGUUUGCUGGUGUAAUUCACUGGAUCAGCCUGGUCAUUCUCUCUGUGUUCUUCUCAGAGACUGUUCUACGGAUUGUGGUGCUUGGGAUCUGGGAUUACAUCGAAAACAAAAUAGAGGUUUUUGACGGGGCUGUGAUCAUCCUGUCCUUGGCCCCAAUGGUGGCGUCCACUGUGGCCAAUGGGCCCAGGAGCCCCUGGGAUGCCAUCAGCCUCAUCAUCAUGCUCCGGAUCUGGCGAGUGAAGAGGGUCAUUGACGCUUAUGUCCUGCCUGUGAAGAUGGAAAUGGAGAUGGUCAUCCAGCAGUAUGAGAAGGCCAAGGUCAUCCAGGAUGAGCAGCUAGAGAGACUGACGCAGAUCUGCCAGGAGCAAGGGUUUGAGGUCCGGCAGCUGCGGGCGCACCUGGUGCAGCAGGACCUGGACCUGGCUGCGGAGCGCGAGGCGGCCCUGCAGGCCCCGCAUGUGCUCAGCCAGCCGACCUCCAGGCACCGAGUACAGCAGGCAGGAACCUGGAUCCCUGAUACCCAGUCCAGCCCAGCCCUGGAGCAAAUGAGGCCCCCCCCAGAAGCUGCAGUGAGAGGUGACAGGAACAGCUGUGUCGGUCAGCACUACAACGGGCCCGGCAGCGACUGCGCUGUGCCAGAGCCAGCUUUGUGCGUGGCCGCCAUAGACAUCCACCAGUCCAACGUCUCAUCUGACCUCUUCUCAGUCAACGUGCCCCCAGACAGCGGCAGCCAUGGCGCCUGUGGCAGUGCCACCUCCGAGACCACUUCCCGCUUGGCGCGCAGCUCCAUCCCGCGGACCCGGAGCGACAGUAGCCAGGCUCUGGGCUCCUCCACAGACUGCGGCUCGGCCCCCCACAGGCCCAGCCCCGCUCCCGUGCCGCUGCCGGCAUCAGCCCAGCAGCAGGUGGCAGGGGACGCUGUCCAGGACUUGUGGUGCCCCCUGCCAGGGGACCCGUCCCGGAGGGCGUCGGACGCAGCCCCCCUCCCCUGGCCCAGCCCGGCAGGCUCGGCCCCAGCCAGCCCCAGGCAAGGGCACAGAGCAAGUCUGCGGACCCGGAAGAAUCAGGAGGGCAUCGCUGCCCUUCAGAUCAGGCCUGCCACCCACGCCCGGCUCGCUGCUCUCCUGCUGGGGGAGUCGAGACCCUUGGAAUCCGAAGAGCAGGAGCUGAACCGGGUCCCUGACGCCUAGAGCCUCUGGGUGGGCGGGCUGGGAGGGGGGCGGCCUCAGGGUGCCCCUGCCUCCAGGGAGGCAUCGCCAGGCCUGGAGGCGGGUGCCUCGGACCUCAAGGCCCAGAGCUGGUGCCCCCACUGGCCCUGCUAGGGAGGCUGGUGCUUGUGCCUCGGGUGUUUUAAACCCUUUUUACAGAACCAGUGUAUGGCCCGGCUCCCCCAGGGCAGGGCGAGGGGCCCCUCAGCCUCCUCUGCUGCCUGGUUCUUGACCCCGCCCCGCGCCCUGGGGACACACUGUGAGGGCGGCCCUCGGGCCCCACCCCAGGCUGUCUUUGUGGGGACUCCUGGGUGGAACAGACAUGGUCACACAAAGACCACCAUCUCAGCCUAUUUUGUUCUCAUUCUCUAAUUUGGCAUGAGUGUUUCUGGGUCUUUUCAAGACAAAUCUAGUUUUCACCUUCACAGGACAAAAAGGGGUGGAUUUGGAGGCGGGUGGGAGGCUCAUGGCGGGUAGUGGGGACAGCCGUUCUCCAAUCUUGGCUCUAAUAAUAAAACCAGCACUUCCAGAUGGCAGAGGUUUUCCUCUGGCUGCUAACCCAGGUGAGGAAUUCAGAGCGGCUCCUUCGGGUUUGGGGCAGCCCCGCGCGGCCCUUACAGAGCGGGAGGAGCCCCGGGCCCCAGGCGUGAGGCUGCCCCACUGUGUGACUCUGGACCAACCCCUUCUCUUCCCUCAUCUCCCCGCCAAAGUGGAGCUCAGAAUUCUGCCUGCCUUGCUGACAGCUCCCCGACCCAGGGCUCCAUCUCUUGGGGGCCUCAGAUUCCGCAGGUUCGAAGUGAAGUGUGGUACCCCGCUUGAAGUCUGCUCUUCCUCCUGGGUCCCCAGAUCGAGCCUCUGGUUAUGCCCUUUCUCGGGGGGUCCUUCCGGGCUGCUGAGCCUGUCUGAUUAGCGUCUCCCUUGCUGAAAAGCCUCCAAGAGAGUUUGUGUUUGUGACCACUGUUUUGUUUUCUGUCUAAAAAAAGGAGGG